GGGCGAAGAUGCUGCUGCUGCUGCUGCUGUGAGGAAGAGCAGGAGGAUGAAGCGAACAAAGAGAAGGCUGUGGAUACAUUUUGGGGCCUAAAAAGCGUCUUCUGGCUUCCCAGCAAGUGAUGGCCGAUGCGGCGUCACAUCUUCAUCCUGACGAGGAUGAGGAAGGAGGACACGUUACCAUGGAAAGACCGAGGGGGCCUGUCUACUGUGUCUGCAGGAGACCUGACAGCAACUGCUUUAUGAUAGGCUGCGACGGCUGCACCGAGUGGUUCCACGGCAGCUGCGUGGGCGUGUCCGAGAAGGUGGCCGAUGCCGUCCGAGAGUGGUUCUGUCCGUCCUGUCGAGAAGGCGACCCGUCUCUGGAGAUUAAGUAUCGUCACAGGAAGACAAAGGCGGCGGAGCCGGAGGAAGACGGGAGCUCGCCUCCUGAGUCCAAGAGCGACAGCAGGCGUGGCUCACAGCAAAUCAAACGGUCCGCUCGCAUGUGCGGUGAGUGCGAGGCCUGUUUGAGGACGCAAGACUGCGCCACCUGUGAUUUUUGCAAAGACAUGAAGAAGUUUGGGGGACCCAACAAAAUACGCCAGAAGUGUCGACUGAGGCAGUGUCAGUUCCGCGCACGGAGGAUGCUUCGCGUGAAAGAAGAGGAGAUGAGUCGACGCUCUGCGAAGGGACGGCGGGACCUCUACAGGAACGAUGGCGGCCAUUUUACAGAGGAGGAAGAUGAGGAAGAGGUGUUCAGUGAAAGUGAGCUGGAGCUCUACCAGCAGUACAAAGCCGCCGGAUUCAGCGACCUGCUGUGGCACAGUGAGGAGGAGGAGGAGGAGGAGGAGGAAGAAGAGGAGUCGUCGCUGAGAAAGAAGGCGGUGAAGGUGAAACACGUGAAAAGACGAGAGAAGAAGCCAGAGAAGAAGAAAUCACUCUCCGCCCCCAAAGCGGAGGUGCGACGUCACAAGGUGAAGGAGCGACACAGGGGACGCGUGCGGCACAGCGAAAGAGGAGGAGGAGGAGGAGGAGGAGGAGGAGGAGGAGGAGGAGGGGGAGGAGGUGGAGGUGGAGGAGAGGGCGAGGCUAAGGAGCUCGGCAGUACUCUGCGCCAGUGUCUCGGCCCAGGCUGCAUCCAAGCGGCCAGGACCUCCUCCAAGUACUGUUCCGACGACUGCGGCAUGAAGCUUGCAGCCAACCGCAUCUACGAGAUCGUCCCUCAGAGGAUCCAGCAGUGGCAGCAGAGCCCCUGCGUCGCCGAGGAGAUGGGGCGGAGACAGCUGGAGCGGAUCAGGAAGGAGCAGCAGGCCGCUAGGCUGCGCCUCACCCUGAUGGAGAAGCGCUUCCACGAGUUGGAAGGCAUCAUCGCCAACUCGAAACUUCACCAGGUGCAACACGACGAGGAGGCCAACGAGGGUGACGGCGACGACACGGACCUUCAAAUCUUCUGCGUGUCCUGCAGCCAUCCGGUCAACCCCAAGGUGGCGCUGAGACACAUGGAGAGGUGCUACGCCAAGUACGAAAGUCAGACUUCCUUUGGAUCCAUGUACCCCACGCGGAUCGAAGGAGCGACGCGCCUCUUCUGCGACGUCUACAACCCUCACAGCAAAACCUACUGCAAGCGGCUACAGGUGUUGUGUCCGGAACAUUCCAGAGAUCCAAAGCUCCUCUCUGUUCGCGGCCGUGCCGCUCGUGUAAGACGUGCACGUCAGCAGGGACGACUUCCGGGAGCCGCCUAUCAAACAUGGUACCGACUAACCAAACUGGAGAGCGCAAGGGUAGCGGUGAUGUUGUUUGCGCGCAUGUCGUCCAGGUGGCAGCCGACGAGGUGUGCGGCUGCCCUCUGGUCAAAGACGUGUUCGAGCCCACCGGCGAGUUCUGUCGGGUCUCCAAGAGGAAGUGCAACAAACACUACUGCUGGGAGAAGCUCCGCCGCGCCGAGGUGGACCUGGAGAGAGUCCGAGUGGUAGGUGAAGUCCUCUUCGCGCGCAUGGAAAAUGACGCUAAGAAAGGCGAAAGGAGUUGAAUCGGGACAUCUGCGUUUCUUCUUAAGUACCGAGCGUGUGUACUUUUGCCGUCUGUGUCGCCAGUGGUACAAACUGGACGAGCUGUUUGAGCAGGAGAGGAACCUGCGGGCCGCCAUGACCAACCGGGCGGGUUUGCUGGCUCUCAUGCUGCACCAAACCAUCCAGCACGAUCCGGUAACCACCGACCUGCGCUCCGCCAAAGACCG